ACAGCCCCACACGACAAAGCGACACCUUUCCGAAACAUCCGGUCGUCCUCCACUCAAAGAUAGUUGGAAACCGCUUGAGGCGUUGACUAAGCCCAUCAUCACAUCGGAAAUGGCAGAGGCGGCGAAACCGUUUCACAUUCUGGAUGGCGGGGAAAAAGUGGAAACGAAGUACACCGGCCAAAUCGACAAACUUCGGGCGACCUUCGCUUCAGGACGCACCAGAAACAUCAAAUGGCGUGUCGAACAACUGAAGCAGCUCGAGCGUUUCUUCUCGGAGAAUCGCGACGCGAUGAUUGAGGCGCUGGAUAAAGAUCUGAGCAAGAAUAAGAUGGAGAGCGUUCUUUUCGAACUCGAAGUCACUCUCAAUGAAGUCAAGGGUGCCUUGUCAGAUAUACACGAUUGGGUCAAACCCGAGCCCGUCGGGAAGAAUCCCAUGACUGUCCUAGACAAGCCGUACAUUCACAGUGAACCCUUGGGAGUGUGUCUGAUCAUGGGAGCGUGGAACUAUCCGGUCAAUCUCGCGAUAGCCCCCGCUAUCGGAGCGAUUGCCGCCGGGAACGCCGUGGUUCUGAAGCCUUCUGAUCUCUCACCGGCGACGGCUUUGCUCAUGGAGAAACUGACCGACUACUUGGACCCUGAUGCCUUCUUGGUGGUCAAUGGAGGAAUCCCGGAAACAACGGAGCUGUUGAAGGAGAAAUUCGACCAUAUUUUCUAUACGGGAUCCGUGAACGUGGGCAAGAUCGUUCACGCUGCGGCCCAGAAGCACCUGACGCCGGUCGUUCUCGAACUCGGAGGAAAGUCGCCGGUGUUCAUCGAUGCAAGCGCGGAUUUGGAAAUCUCGGUCAGGCGGAUUCUAUGGGGCAAGUGGAUCAACGCCGGGCAGACAUGUGUGGCUCCUGAUUACAUCCUCUGUACUGAGGCAAUCUACGACAGAAUAAUCGACAUCUGCAAAACUGUGGCAGUCGAAUUCUUCGGCGACAACCCCAAGGAAUCCAAAGAUUUCGGGAGGAUCGUCACGCCGCGUCACGCUAAGAGACUGGAAAGCCUACUGCAAGACGUCGACGCCGCUGUAGGGGGAGACUCGGACACGAACAACCGUUAUGUGGCACCAACGGUUCUCCGAAACGUCAAGAAAACUGAUCCCAUCAUGCGGGAGGAGAUUUUCGGACCGAUCCUGCCGGUGCUGAAGACGGCAGAUUUGACUGAAGCGAUCGAAUACAUCAACUCGCGCGACAAACCCUUGACGGCCUAUGUUUUCGCGAAGGAUAGCCGCGUUAUCAAACGCUUCAUCCAGGAGACGACAUCGGGAUCCGUCUGCGUGAAUGACGUCGUCGUCCAGCUGUCCCUCGACACGCUACCCUUCGGUGGCGUUGGGAAUUCCGGAAUCGGGAAAUACCACGGCAAGCAUUCUUUCGAUUGCUACAGCAACAAGAAAGCUGUACUACAGAGAGACUUCAACCCCAUCGGAGAAAUGUUGGGCAAAAAACGAUACCCUCCGUACACGGAUGGUAAACUGAAACUUUUCCAACAACUCUUGCUGAAGCGAUCGAAUCCUUUGGCUUUCGCUUGUAAAGCCGUCCCAUAUGCGAUUGGAGCUGCUCUCGGGGCCGGCGGCGUUUUCCUUUAUCAGUAUCUAACGACGGUGACCGAGCAGAAGCAGUGAGAUUCCCACGGCAUGGCUCCCGGGAUGAGUUUUUAAAGAUAAGAUUCCGCAGCGGCUGAAAUGCUUACAGUGUAUUGUUAUACCGGCGAUGCCGGCGACUCGAAGUUCGAUAUAAAUCAAUUUACGGUUU